AUUUGUUAAACAUAGCCAUUUUGGUUACUCUUGUUCCGUUUUCUUCUUUCUUCCUCUCCUUCCUUUUUUCUUUUCUCUAUCUUCUUCAUAUGGUUCAUGACAUUGAUCUAAUUCCACUUCCCAUUUGUCUCCACAUUUCGUUUCUUUCCUUUGUUUUUUCAUCUAGGUUUUUGGUUUUCUGAAUUGGAUUUACGUUAGUUUAUCUUGUACUUAUUAAUUAAGGUUUUUUUUUUUUCCUUCCUCAAUCCUGUAAAUUCAGAUUUGCUUUCUUUGGUAAUCUUUUGGAUCAAGAUCCAUCUAUUUUUUCUUCAAUGGCACAACUCCCUCCUAAAAUCCCCAACAUGACACAACAUUGGCCUGAUUUCUCUUCCCAAAAGCUCUCUCCUUUCUCUACCCCAACCGCAACCGCUGUCGCCACCGCUACAACCACCGUACAAAACCCCUCAUGGGUCGACGAAUUCCUCGACUUCUCAGCGUCUCGCCGUGGCAACCACCGUCGUUCCAUCAGCGACUCUAUCGCAUUCCUCGAAGCUCCAACAGUCAGCAUCGAAGACCACCAAUUCGACAGGUUCGAUGACGAACAGUUCAUGUCGAUGUUCACCGACGACGACAACCUUCAUAGCAAUCCUUCCCAUAUCAACAACAAAAAUAACAAUGUGGGGCCCACGGGAUCUUCCUCGAACACAUCCACGCCGUCCAAUAGCUUCAACGACGAUAACAAAGAAUUACCACCGUCCGAUCAUAACAUGAACAAUAAUAUCAACAACAACUAUAACGAUGAAGUCCAAAGCCAAUGCAAGAUGGAGCCAGAAGAUGGUACGGCGUCGAAUAACAAUUCCGGUGAUAGCUCCGGCAACCGGAUUCUCGAUCCCAAAAGGGUUAAGAGAAUAUUAGCAAAUCGGCAAUCAGCACAGAGAUCAAGGGUGAGGAAACUGCAAUACAUAUCAGAGCUCGAACGUAGCGUCACUUCGUUGCAGGUACAUUAUACAAACAUUCAUAAAUCAUAAUCUUUUAAUUAUUCAAAUAAUUUCAUGAUUAUAAAUUUAUUAUGACCUUAAAUCAUUUUUGUGGCAAAAAAACUGAAAUUAAAGGCGGAAGUGUCAGUGUUAUCGCCAAGAGUUGCAUUCUUGGAUCAUCAACGUUUGCUUCUUAACGUUGACAACAGCGCUCUCAAGCAACGAAUCGCUGCUUUAUCUCAAGACAAGCUUUUCAAAGACGGUAUUAAUCUCAUGUAACUUUUGGAUUUAAUUCUCAUGUAAAUUUUUUGGAUAAUUAUGGAAUUAAUAUAUGUGUGUUUAUGAGAUUUUUCAUUUUCUCGUCGAUGCAUUCAAUUAUCACUGACAAUAUAUGAGCACGCCCAAUAAUUUUCUCUCACUAGCUAAUAUAACAUCAAAAAACUAAUAUUAUUUUGCAGCACAUCAAGAAGCAUUGAAGAGAGAAAUAGAGAGACUUCGACAAGUGUAUAAUCAACAAAGCCUCACGAAUGUGGAAAAUGCAAAUCAUUUAUCGGCGACCGGAGCCGGUGCUACUCCGGCCGUCGACAUCAAGUCGUCCGUUGAAACAGAGCAGCUCCUCAAUGUCUCAUAAAUUAACCAUCAUGCAUCAUCAUCAACAUUUCUCUCUUUUAGCUUCUUGGCAAAAGUUCUUGACUAUAAAAUCUCUUUCGGGUAAGAAAUUCAGGAGAUAUACAUUUUUUAUUCUAAUCACAUUGUUUUUAAGUUGUGAUGAAUUCAGUUUGAUGUAUCUUAUUUAUUUUGUUUAUGUCGUCUUUUUUUCUUGGGGUUGAUGGAAGGGAAUCAUCAAUUGUUGUUUGUACAAAGAACUAGUUGAAUUUUUUUUUUUUUUUUUUGGGAAGUGUACAGAGAUUUGUGAACUAAUUAAGAUUUAUUCGGAAUACAGUAGUUUAUUUUCCAUCAUUGUCUACUCUAAAU